UCAGCCCUCACCUUCUAUGAGUACAUUGUGACUUUUCCUGAAGAGGUUCACGUCAUCUGGGGAGCCAGGUUGACCACCGUCACGAUCGUCUUUGCCCUCAACCGUUAUCUGCUCAUCGUACAAGGCGUUAGUAACGCACUGAAUGUCAUCUGGUGGCAUACUCCACUGGUAGUUGUCCUCAUCGCGCGCAUCUGCCCGGCUGUAUCCGACCUGAUCGUGCUCCUUGUCACUUGGUUCAAGACAUUCCGACUCGCCAUGGAAGUGCGGAAGUUACGGUUUAGAGGAUCGAUCGCAACGGUGCUGAUGAGAGACGGU